AUGGAGGAUAUCACAGCUAUGCAAAUGCAGAAACUUCUUCAACAAGACAGCACAGUAGGAGCAAUACUGUAUCAAAUCGAACCAGUGCCUGUUCCCGUUUCUUGUGCUGAUCAUGUUCUCAGUGACAAUCCAUCCCAAAAUCUCAAUCCGCAACAGCAACAGGACUUGCAUUCUUUGUUACAAGAAUAUGAGUUUCCUUGUAGUAUAAAAGAUAACAUCGCCUAUGGGAAGGACGGUGCAACUAACGAAGAAAUAAGGGCCGCUGCAGAGCUUGCCAAUGCUGCUGAAUUCAUAGACAAUCUGCCUCAGGGACUAGACACAAUGGUUGGUGAGCAUGGGACUCAGCUUUCUGGGGGCCAAAAGCAAAGAGUUGCUAUAGCUAGAGCAAUCCUGAAAGACCCAAGAAUUCUACUUUUAGAUGAAGCCACAAGCGCGCUUGAAGCAGAAUCUGAGAGAGUUGUACAGGAGGCAUUAGACAGAAUUAUGAUUAACCGCACUACUGUCAUUGUAGCCCACCGUUUGAGCACAGUAAGAAACGUCGACUCCAUUGCUGUUCUACAUAGAGGGACAAUCGUUGAAAAAGGUCCACAUUCUGAGCUAGUUAAGCACCCUGAAGGAGCAUAUAGCCAGCUUAUAAGGUUGCAAGAAAUGAACAAUACGUCAGACAAGACUGCUGUGAAUGAUCAGGAAAGGCGUAGUAGUGUGGGUUCCCAGAAUCAAAGUCAAAUAAUUUCACACAGACGAUCUAUAAGUCGGGGAUCAUCUGGAGGAGGAAAUAACAGACGUCAUUCCUUCUCAAUCUCAUAUGAUGUGCCCGCUGCACUAGGUGUCCUUGAAGUAGCACCUGCAGAAUCUGAUAUUCCUGAUUCAGAAUUGUGA